AUGACGAGACGUCGGCUCGUAUCGCUGUGCGUUGCAUUCCUGUUCGUGUCGGUGCGCAGCUUUGGCGUCUGCUACGACUCGUACGACCCGAAGAGCGUGGACGCGCACUUCAAGACGAUCAAAUCGCGCUUCUCCUUUGUGCGCACGUACGACACGCGCUUUUGGAACGGCGUCAACGCGAUCGACGUCGCGGCAGCCAAUGGCCUCACGAUUCAUGCCGGCAUUUGGCUCCGGUCUGGCGAGCAAAAGAUUGCCGACGAUGUCAACGCGAUCGUCGAAGGCCUCGGCCGCAACCCCAACAGCGUCCCGAUCGUCUACGUCGGCAACGAAGACCUCACGAACGGCUGGGACCUCGCUAUGGUCAAAGCCCGAGUCGACUCGGUGCGCGCGCGCCUCUCCGGCAAGAACGUGCUCGUUGGGUCGGUCCAAACGGACGGCGACUGGCUGCGCAACAGCGGUCUCGCGGCAGCGGUCGAUGUCAUUGGCGUCAACAUUUACCCGUUCUUUGGGGCGUCCCAAGACUCCAAGACCAACCCGAUCGCAGACCUGGACGCGCGCUGGAGCGCCAUGCUGCGUGCAUUUCCUGGCAAGCGCAUCGAGCUCGUCGAGACCGGGUGGCCUCACGCCGGCCAGACGCUCAACGGCCACGUGCCCAGCUACGCGAACGCUGUCGACUACUUCAACAAAGUCCAGUCGUGGAUCAACAACCAAGGCAAGGGUGGACAGCGACCGUCCUACUUUAUGUUUCACGACAACCCCAACAAGGGUCGUGGCACGAUCGAAGGCAGCUUUGGCCUCGCCAAUGAGAGCGGGGAAUGGAAGUUUGGCUUCGACAGCAGCCCAGCACCGGCUUCGACACCGGCCCCGACACCGACGCCGACACCGGCACCGGCUCCGACACCGCUGUUGCCGGACAACCUCCGCGCAUCGUUCCAGCUCGUCACGGCCAAAGGACUGGUCGUUGCUCAAGUGAACGACGCGCUCUCGGCGGUCGCCAACACCAACCAAACUGGUAGCUUCUGGACGUACAACGCUGCGACGCAACAAGUGCGCAACCCGGUCGGGAACCGCUGCCUCGACGCCUACAAGGACAACGGCCAGGUCUACGUGCACCUGUACGACUGCGGCGACGGCAGCAACGGCAACCAAAAAUGGCGGCUCCAAGAUCAAAAGGUUGUUCAUGCGACCCACUCCAACGUGUGUCUCGACGUCAACCCCACGGACCCGAGCGUCAAGGUCUUUGGAUGCGUCGCCAACAACGACAACCAGCUCUUUGUCGUGACACCGACGACGCAAGGCGCGCGCUUGACCAACGGCGCGCUCGCCUUGGCUGCGGUGCAAGUCGGCAGCGAUCAAGUGGCAUUUACGACCAACGUGAACGACCCAAAGGCCUUCUGGACGGUCGACGCAACGACGGGUCUGGUCACGAAUCAAGCCCUCAAGCAGUGCCUCGAUGCAUAUCAAGCAAAAGACGGUGGCGCCGUGCACUUGUACAAAUGUGACAGCACCAAUGUCAACCAGAAAUGGAGUUAUGACGCCAGCACCAAGCAGCUCCGUCAUGUGAGCCACCGCGGCUUUUGCCUCGACAUGGCUUCGGACAGCGGGAGCUUCCCGCACUUGUGGUCGUGCCACGAUGCAGCGAGCUCAUGGCUCCGGCUUCAGCAGUUUGGCUACAGCGUCUAGGUCAGUUGUGUACAUCGUAGUACCAGAAAUAAUCCACGCGUAAUAUACG